AUGUCGUACCCCUUUAUAGCAACGCCCGGUGACACGGCGACAACGGCAACAGGGGGUAGCACCAAAUGCGGCAGAAACAAAUCUGGCGGCUCCUUGGCCGCCGCUGCGUACGAGAAGAGUCAGUACGACAUCACCAACGUCACCUGGGGGACUCUAGAGUCCCGCUUUGACGAGCUCGUCGCGCUCAUGAACACCCCCAUCACUGGCGUCAAUGCGCUCACGGUGCGCGCCACGAAUCGACAGCGUAUCGGCAGCGCGAUCGCGGCCCUCCUCGAUAAAGCUCAAGAGGAGUGUCGACAGCUUCUGCUGGACGGGGACGCUGAGGCGGCCGAGAAGGCGGGUGUGCUCGUGCUGCGACUGCGAGAGAAGUUCUACAAGCCGAAUCACGUAGAGUUGAUACCGGCCUAUCUUCACCUUUCCCGCACAAAGCAGUUUCUGAAGCGAUAUGGGGAUGCAGAGGACAUGCUUUCGCUUGCGCAGUAUAUUAUGCUGAAGCAUCCCGAUGAGGUCACGCUCACCUUGAAGGCCGACCUGCACCAAGCAUUCGGGCUCCUUUAUGCGGCGGACAGCAAGCUGGAGGCAGCGGUGCAGCAGCUUAGCCGAGCAACCUACUACCUCUCUCUCCUGCACGGGGCGAGGCACGUUCUCACUACGUUCAGCUACUUUGACCUCGGCAACGUGAUGGCCGCGAAGGCCAGCAUGGAGAGGGCAAUGGCGCUCUACGACGCUGUGAAGGAGAUUUGGUAUGCGCAUUUGGUGAAAGCGCUGGCGGACGUCGUUGCCCGCCGCGAGGAUAUGCAGGUGCAGCUGAGGUACAGCGAGAACACGCCGGCGCAGGAGCUGCGGCAAGCUUGCUACGCCACGGCGCACGCUUUCGGUCGCGAGAACUUGGCGGAUGCAUCCAAGAUGCUGCAUGGCAUCGCCCGUCUUCAGCAAAAGCGCUUCCAGAGCGCCCACCCCAGCACAGUGCGGGCAGAGUUCAUUCUGGGACUUUUUCUUCUCUGGACAGACAAUGAGCCGGCGGCACAGCGGCACCUGCUGAAUGCCCGCGUUGCCUCGCAGCACUUCUACGGCCCACGUCAUCCAGUUGUGCAAGAGAUCGAAGACUGGUGUGCAAAAUUUGACCUGAGCUACGAGAAUACGGAAGACGAGCUUGCUAAAGGUCAAGAGGCGUCCGCUCUGGAGACAACGGUGACAACGCACGACUACAACGCUGAAGCACCACAUAUAUCAUGA